UUGGGUGGGUGGAAACGUGGAGUGUAUGAAAACGUGGAGUGUAUGACUUUCAUUUCUAAUCAUUAAGGAGGCAGAAUUUGAGGCUGACAAAUGACGCACGUGCAGUGACACAAUAUUGGUCACUAAACAGGAUAUCUUGACACUUCCAUCCCAGCUGUGAUGUCUUUAAAACAGUGGCAAUUCCCUCUUCAUUAUCAUAGAGCUGGAUGCAAAAAUGACAGAACUAAAACAAUUCUUCCUGGAUUAUGAAUUCGAUUCAUACAACGACUCCUAUUACUUCAACAUCACCUCCUUUGACCUGAACUCUAACACCUUCACCUGUGCAACUCAACCCCUGUGUCCCAGUGCCGUCAUAUUCCUGUGUGUCCUUCACAUGGCCAUCUUCCUAUUGGCUGUUCCUGGUAACCUACUUGUGGGGCUCGUGAUUGGCUUCAGUCAACAGUCCCUGACCCCAUCCGACGUCUUCCUGUUUCACCUGACUGUAGCCGACGGGCUGCUGGCUCUGACCCUGCCCUUCUGGGCUGCUGCCACGCUCCACGGCUGGAUCUUUGGUGACUUCCUGUGUAAGUUCCUCAGCCUGGUUAUGGAGGUUAGCUUCUACACCAGCAUCCUGUUCCUGGUGUGUAUCAGUGUUGACCGCUACCUGGUGAUCGUUCGCCCUGCCAAGUCCCGUAAGGGCCGCCGAAGGGCCUGCAGAUGGUACGCCUGCACCUUCAUCUGGGCUCUGGGGGGCGCCCUCUCUCUCCCUGCCCUCUUCAACAACGCCUUCACGCCCCAUGGCGGUGGUCCGACGAGGUGUGCUGAGCGCUUCGACCCCGGCAGCGCCACCCGCUGGCGGCUCGCUACUCGCGGCCUACGCCACAUCCUAGGGUUCCUGCUCCCACUAGUCAUCAUGGUGGCGUGCUAUAGCAUCACCGUGGCCCGGUUGCUGCAGACGCGCGGCUUCCAGAAGCACAGGGCCAUGCGGGUCAUCAUUGCCGUGGUGAUCGCCUUCCUCCUGUGCUGGACGCCGUUCCACAUGACGGUGAUGGCCGACACCCUGAUGAGGGCCAAUCUGGUGCACUUCGACUGUGCUGGGAGGAACAGGGUGGACUUGGCCCUCCUGGUCACCCACAGCCUGGCCCUGGUCCACAGCUUUGUUAACCCAGUGCUGUAUGCCUUCGUGGGGGAGAAGUUCAGGGGGAACCUGGGUGCACUGGUCAGGAAGUCACGGGGACCAGAGAGGGGGUCGUCAUCUCGAUUCAGCAGGUCCACAUCCCAGACCUCAGAAGGGAAUGGACUGUUAUGAUUGAUCUGGCAGGUUGUCCCCACAUUACUUUCAAUCAGGGUUGUGGUCAAUCCCAUUUCAAUUCCACUCAAUUCAUGAAGUAGUCUAAAACUCCAAUUCCAACGUUUUUCAAUGAGAGCAUUUUUAAAAUCGAAAUUGGAGUUUGGUUCACUUUCUGAACUGACUGGAAUUGAAAUGGAAUUAACUCCAACCCUGCUUCGAACAACGUAUAAGAUCGUCCCUUUGUAACAUAUUGUAGCCUAACAUUCCUUGCCUGACAUUGAAUAUGUACUGGCACUAUCAGGCUGCAGACUCAGAUCCUGUAUGUAUGUGUUCUUUAAUGUCCCUCCAUAUACUAAUGCCCCUGGUGUCUGUCCAUGUAUAUAAUGCCCUCUGUUGUCUGUUGUAUUAGGUAAUAAAUACCCUGUGCUGUUGUUGUUUGUCCAAAGCUGCUUGAUAAGACACAAGACACAUUUCCUCAAAGGGAAUAAUGACACAAUAAACUCAACUGUGAUGUGA